UGUAAUUGGUUUGUUAUGAAUUUGCUCAUUGCUGCUAUAACCUUACCAUAAUCGACAUUAUAAUGUUAAAGGGUGUAAAGCAUGUAAUUUUGGUGUUAUCUGGUAAAGGUGGAGUCGGAAAAUCCACUGUUAGUGUUCAACUUGCUUUAUCUUUAAAAGAAUUUGGUUAUAAGGUUGGAAUACUAGAUGUGGAUUUAUGUGGCCCCAGUAUUCCCUAUCUUCUUGGCUUGGAGAACCAAGAAGUUCAUCAGUGCAGUGAAGGAUGGGUGCCAGUAUAUUUAGAUUCUGACCAAAAACUUGCAGUUAUGUCUAUUGGAUUUUUACUAAAGUCUAGAAAUGAUAGUGUAGUAUGGCGUGGACCAAAGAAAACAGGAAUGAUCAGGCAGUUCUUAAAUGAUGUGUACUGGCAAGAUAUUGAUUACCUUGUUAUUGAUACUCCUCCUGGCACAUCAGACGAACACAUUACUGUCAUGGAAAAUCUAAGGAAUUACGGCUGUGAAGGAGCCAUUCUUGUUACAACCCCACAAGCAGUAGCUAUAGAAGAUGUCAGGAAAGAAUUAACCUUCUGCCGGAAGACAGGCAUUCCUGUUCUCGGUGUGUUGGAAAAUAUGAGUGGAUUUGUUUGCCCGCAUUGUUCAGAGUGUACAAACAUCUUCUCCAGUGGUGGUGGGUCGUCUUUAGCAGAGAUGUCCAAAGUUCCAUUUCUUGGGAGGAUACCAAUAGAUCCAAAAGUGACAUCUGUUCCAGUGAAGAGCGAGUUAGGACACAAUCCUACCUCUGUUACAGCUCAAGUUUUUAAAACUCUUGUAAAGUCAAUAGUUGAGAAGAAUGGAAGCUCAGAUAAGCCCCUUGUUUCAACUUAAAGUAGCAUAGUUCAGUUGUAAAUAAAAGCAUAUUUACUAAAUAAAAUUUAUAUUUUUUAAGAACAUAA